UUCAGUCUUGCACAGGUGUACCGGCUCCUCCCCUUCAGUCUUGCACAGGUGUACCGGCUCCUCCCCUUCAGUCUUGCACAGGUGUACCGGCUCCUCCCCUUCAGUCUUGCACAGGUGUUGCCGCUCCUCCCCUUUAGUCUUGCACAGGUGUACCGACUCCUCCCCUUCAGUCUUGCACAGGUGUAUCGGCUCCUCCCCUCCAGUCUUGCACAGGUGUACCGGCUCCUCCCCUCCAGUCUUGCACAGGUGUAUCGGCUUCUCUCCUUGACUGGAAUGGCUUCCUCUGAUGUCACUGCACAAUGGGAGCUUCUCACAAUGUGCAUUAGAAGCUGCAGCAAUUCAGAUAGAGCUCCGCCUCCUUUCCUGGAUGGAGGACGUCCAACA